AUGGAAAUCACUUCCGAGGGAUGCGCCGAGUUCGUCGCCCAGGCAUUAACACAGCACGGUUCGAUGCCGGAAACGGAAGAACAGACGGCGUCGUCUUUGGGUGUAUCAACGGAUAACGGACUGGGUUUGCCGUGUGCUGGUGAAGCAGAAAAUUUCAGACGGCAAACGGUUUCAAUCGCCUAUUGGCAAACCACGUGGGUGGUGGGUCCCAGGUUCAGAUUCUACAUUUCGAUCUUCAACCAGGCACCCACCGCCGUUGACGCCCUCAAACUUCGAAGACAUUACCUAUAUACACCGUCAGAGUCUACCCUGUUAGUCAACUUAAAAUUACUAUAA